AUGUGCCACUUUCAGGUCUCCUCACACACUGCUGGUGUGUUCCAUUUUUUGUCAUAGGGUGCUGGCAGAUUACGGGCCUCCCAUAGCUGCUGCCAGGCCCCUAAUCUGCCAUGGGCCCCUAUAUACCGCCUCCUCAUGCUGCUGCCAAGUCCAGAGUCUCUCAUGGGUCCCUGUACGGCCUCCCAUUGCUGCUGUCUCCAUCGCCACACUCUGCCAUGUGCCACUUUCAGGUCUCCUCACACUCCUGCUGGUUUCCAUUUUGUCAUAGGUUGCUGUAUGGCCUCCCAUUGCUGCUGCCCUCCACCGCCACACUGUGGCUCCAAACACUGGUUUUGGCCCCGUGACUGGCCAAAUGAGUGAAGUGUGCGGUGAUUCUAAGAUCGACGGCACUCAUCUGCAUGUCAUACUG